CACAAUUUAAAAAGCAGAGGAAACUUAGUUGCGGAACAGGCGAAUAUUCUUCUAAAACACUAAAUUAAUAUACAAAAUAUAUAAUUAUGUUUGCUUUGGCAACAGUUUUCGCUGAACAAAAUAAGUUAAUUGCUUUUACCGAAACUUACCAAAACGAACUAGAAACAAUCAAAGUUUUGCACGCGCUGCCUGCAGCGAUACGUCAACGUUUUAAGGAACUGACCGAAGAACUGCUGCAGCAUCUGGACGAGCCGAGCAAUGUGGAGAUUUGCGCCAAGCAGUCGCGCUCGCUGCGGGAGCAGGGCAACGAGGUCUACAAAAGUAAAUCGGAGAAAAGUGGCAGCGACUUGGCGGAAUGUUUGCUCAGCGCCAGUCGCCUCUAUACGCAGGCAAUUCUCGAGGCGGAGAAUGCCAACGAGGAGCUGUGUUUGGGAUUUGCCAAUCGCGCCAUGGCACUGCAGGACUUUGGCUACUACGAGCAGGCCUAUGAUGAUUGUGAGUGUGCUCUGGAGUUUGGGUAUCCGAAGAAGAUGCAGCACAAGCUAAUCAUGCGGCAGGCCUACUGUGCCUGGAAGAUGGGCGAUGCCCAGAAGCUGGGCGAGCACGUCGCCCGCCUGGAGCAGCUGGAGCUAAAUGCCAGCUUUGCACAGCAAUUGGAGCAGAUGCAGCAGGAGCUGAAGCAGCUGCUGCAAAGCAAACCGCAAGUGGAGGAGAUGGAGGAAUCGAAGCUGGACAAAGUGGGGAGCAACAAUACAGAUAUCUUAACAGACGCCGGCUCAAGGGGACGCUACAUGGUAGCCUCGCAGCGCAUUAAGCAGGGCGAGCUUAUAUUCACCGAGCAGGCCGAAUGCUUUGUGCCGAUCGAGAGGCGUCUGAUUUGCCAGCAAUGCGCUGCGAAUCUGAUGUGCGCGCCCAUACCCUGUACGCGGUGCCAUCAGCGUGUGGUCUACUGUUCGCGCCGUUGUCGCCAGCUGCAGGCGUCCAUCCACGGCUACGAGUGUGCGGCAUAUCGCAGGGAUUUGCUGCACAUGUGUGGGCCUUCCCAUUUGGCCCUGCGCCUAGUGCUUACCUAUGUGCCACAGUGGCUGCCGCAGCUGCGCAACGGCGGCUCGACUGCAACAGAGCUGUGGCAAUCGCUUAUGUCCAUCGCCGCCGCCGAGCACCAUUGGCCAAGUGCACCGCAGCAUGUGCAGACGCUGUGCAUGAUGCACCAUCUGGACAAGGAGGACACAUCGCAGCUGAUGUAUUGCGUGUUAUCCGCCAACCUGCUGCAGGUUUAUCUACAUCAGUGCACCAAUUUCUAUGAGCAGCUGCUCGCCAGCACAGCUGCCUCCGCCGAGGAUUGGCAUUUGUUGCUGGCCGCGCUGAUCGUGCGCUCGGCCAGUCAAUUGCAUAAAAAUGCCCAUGUGGGCGAUGCCAUUUUGCCCCGCUACCUGGGCGUCAAUGAAUUUGUGCUGCUGCAGCCGCAGCUCUGGCGCGCACCAUACCAUUUGCGCUUGGGCUGCCUGCACAAGUUGGACAGGACGACGCUGAUCAAGUCGCUAAAUUUGCCGUAUUAUGGAAUGUGCAAUCAUGCCUGUGAGCCGAGCCUGCGCAGCUGGUACGAUGGCCGCUCGGUGAGCAGCUAUGCGGCGCGGAACAUUGAGCCGGGCGAGGAGAUCUUCAAUUGCUACACACUGAACUACAAGACGUGCAGCUUGGCCAAGCGCCAGGAGCAGCUGCAGCAGGUGUUCAAGUUCCAGUGCAGCUGCAGCAAGUGUGUUCGCGCCGAGCCCGAUCAAGAUUACUUUGCUUUUCAUCGCUAUCGCUGCGAGCACUGCGAGCAGAUCUUUGUGCCCGCCCAGCUGAAGGAGCCCAACUGGUGGUGCCUGGAAUCCGAACAGCCGCUAAUUUGCUGCACAGUGUGCCAGACACCACAAGAGUUCCCCUGGUAUGAGGAUUUCCUAGUGCUAGUCGCAAGCUGUGACAACCCGAAUGCGCGUCACGAGGCGUACAAAUGUUUGGACUGGCUCAGCAAUUGGCUCCUAGACUAUCAUCUGCUCAGGCUGCACUUGGCCAAUCGGCUAAUCCUGGCCUGCUUAACAGCCAAAGCGGCCGGAAAACCGUUCGACGACACAGAAUAUGUCCAUUUGGCGCGCAUUAUUGAAUACGAGCUGGCCGGAACUGAGGCGAUGAUUGGCAACAACGCGGUCGAGUACAUACCCAAGCUCGGUUGCCUGUUCGAUCUGAUGGCCUGGGGCAAAUACAAGUGCAGCAAAGAGAGGCGCGAAGCGAUGCGGGCAAAACUCGAUUAUUUGGCCGGCGAAACGAGGCGGAUAUUUGUCAACUAUUACAACGAUUUUAUUGAGCCGCUGAGCAAAUGACAAUAAUAAUAAAUUCAACACUUGCUCUAACAACAAUCAAUUAUAAAUUCUCUAGAUUCAAGCUAAAAACAACAACAAUAAACACUGGCACUUUUUUCUUGCAUGAACUAA